AUGAGCGCACCGGUAUCGAUGGCAUGCCAUCACCAUGUGCCGUCUGCGAAAUGCCGUCGAGCGGCUUACAUUUCGGUGUAUCCUGCUGUCGAGCAUGUGCUGCAUUCUUCAGACGUACUCUAUCGUUACGACUCAAGUAUAAAUGCCGUUUCUCGAGAAAAUGUGAAGUCACUCAAAGCGGCGAAUCCAGUCGAUCCAUGGGACAAUGCGAAGCCGUCGUCAUCCAAUCCUGGCUCUAAUGCAUCGUACUCGUCCUCCUCACCACCAGAGCCACUCUAUCGCAUCCCAGCCAUAGUACGCAAUGACAGCUACCAGCAGUGCAAUCCACUAGCCGUCUACGGUGGCACCACAACUAGCUUCGACUUUCACAGUAAUGCGCAGAUGAUUCUAAAAGCGAAGAUUGACGUGCUUUUUGAUAUGGACGUUAGUCUCAACGCGUUCCCGUACACGAUACCUCUAUCCGUAUGCCAGCAGGCGAUGAUCGCAUACGCGAAUUAUUCACGACAUUGGCCGGAGUUUCACUCUGACGUUAGUCUCAACGCGUUCCCGUACACGAUACCUCUAUCCGUAUGUCAGCAGGCGAUGAUCGCAUACGCGAAUUAUUCACGACAUUGGCCGGAGUUUCACUCUACAAAUGAAGUCAAUGUGAUCGAUGUCGAGCACCUUUUGCGGGACACCUACGCCGAAAUCGAGUAUUUUGCUCAAUUCGCAAUGGCUCUACAGCCUUUCGCCCAGCUUCCAAAAGACCAAAAGUGGCUUCUAUUCCGAAAUUUCUGGCCGGGUUUCUUUGAACUGGAUCGCUGUUUUCGGACAUGUAAGGUUCUUGGCUACGAUAUCAAUGAUGAGCGAACGGUGUGCACGGACGGGACGAUUAUGAAUCCUCGAGGAAAUGUCCUACGGCUUGAUACUGUAUCCGAUCUCAACGAGGAGCAAGUAAAGAGGUUACUGAAGCCUUCACAUGACCUUUUUCGAGAGCUGGUUACACACCCAUUCAAGCGAUUGAUGCCGAAUGAAUUCGAACUCUUGUACAUGGUUAUUAGCUGUAUGUUCAAUGUGAAAAAUAUACCAAAUGUUACAAAAGAAACGAUCGAUGUCGCUGAGCAGGUGAAAUGUCGACUAGCGGAAGAUGUGCACAGUUAUUACACAUACGAAUUACGUAAACCAAACUACGCUUCACGUCUUCACAAAAUGAGCAGUAUCGUGUCGGCAGUAGACAAGUUGCAAGAACGCCGGAAAGAAGACAGUCAACUGUCACGAAUGUUCAAUAUCUUCAAGCAGGACGUUUUCAUGAGCGAACUCUUCUGA